CCAGAAUGUCAUAUAACAAGAUCAAAAUGUCGAGGACCAAAGGUCACCAAUGUCGGAGAUAACCGAGUCCAGAUGUAACCGGUGCCCAACUGUGAUGCAGCCGAGUGUCAACCUCAACAAUCUCCAAGUCUCCAAUCAGACUACGUCAGCAGGCCACAUCAGCAGACCACGUCAGCAGGCCACAUCAGCAGGCAACUUCAGCAGGCAACGUCAGCAGGCAACGUCAGCAGGCCACGUCAGCCGACAGCAGUGCCACGUCAGCAGCAGGGAGUACCACGCCAGCAGCCCCCCGGCCUGGUCUAUGCUCACGCGCUCGCAAACAGCCGUCAUGGACCAGAUGUCCGGGGAAACGGACGAGGCCUAUCAGGCCCGGAUGCUGCUUCUAAUUACCGAAGCUAAGCAACGGUCGGAUGCAGUAGCAACCGCAUCAAAGAAGAAGGCAGAGGACGCCGAGAAGGCACGUCUGUUGGCAAUCGAACAGCAGCGCCAGCACGACGAGGCAGCAGCAAAGGCUGCAGAUGAAGAACGAAUUCAACGACGCGAGAAGAUAUUCAGCGGAGAGCGAGCUUUGCUCACAAUGUCAGUGGACUGGCGGGCCGAGGCCGAGAAUGGCAAGAGGGAAGAGAGUGAAAACAAGAUCGCUCAACUCCUCUCCCAUCUCACGGACCUCCUGGCAACGUGCACUACACAGCAGGAGGAUAUCCACAGCCUCGACGACGUGUUAGCUCAAGUCAGCAGCCGCCUACAGCAGCUGAAGCAACGACCCAUCGCUGCCCCCGAUGCCAGCUCUUCCAACACCUCCAAUCGCCUCGAGGCAUUGGAGAUUGAUGUCGGAUCCCUCAAGGACGGCGUGCAGUUACAGCGAACCGCAACGCAACAGUUGGAGCAGAGGAUCUGUACUGCCGCCACCCACUCGAGCUCGGAGCCGCGCGAGACGACUCCAAGGUUCGAUGAUCAGGAGAUCUUCUUCGACUCGAAAGACGGACCCGAUUCCAUGGUUCCGCAAGUUCGAGCUCAAGUUGCAGCUCCACCACGUCGGCGAACACAAGCACCAGACUACGGAGUGGUGGCUGCCGACUUGCAUACCAAGAUCAGCUGGGAUGAUCUAAAGGGGGCGUGGCAUACGCGGUUCCAAGUAGAGCUGCCAGAGAUCAAGGCGAUGGACAAGCUGAUGACCUUUGAACAAGGCACGCUGCCGAGUGUUGACUGGAUUGCCGAGUACCAACGCUUCACAUCCGUCCCAGACCUUCAAAUGGGCUUCAAGGCCGUCAAACACUACUUCAUCUCGAGGUCGUGUUUGGCAUUGGGCAAUGCCUUGACUCACGUCGAGGACACCCUGACGACAACGGCGGAGCUCUUCGACAAGUCCGCGCAGAUUAUUGUCACGAACAGGAUCUUUAUCCGACCAAACGAUCGCUAUAAAUCCACGUUCAAAACGCGAUAUGGGCAUUUUGAGUGGGUGGUCAUGCCUUUUGACCUCACCAACGCCCCGACGGCCUUUCAAGCGGCAAUGGCCAACGAGUUCAGUGCGAUGUUGGACCGGUUCGUGCUGGUCUACUUAGACGAUAUUCUCGUCUAUAGCCGGACAUUGGAGGAUCAUCUUGGGCACCUUCGACGAGUGUUGGAGACGCUCCGCCGCGCCAAGUACAAGGCCAACCGUGACAAGAGCGAAUUUGUUCGACAAGAGUUGGAAUACUUGGGCCGUUUUGUCACACCGGAGGACAUCAGUCCGGAACCGAUUGCCAUGAACAUUACCGGGUCGUUUCCCAAGCACAAGACCGGAGUGGAUGGGAUUCUCUCGGUGGUCGACCGACUCACCAAGUUUGCCAUGUUUUUGCCUUGCCGCUAUCAUGCCAAGGCACCGGAGUCGGCCGAGGUUCUUUACGCCGGUUGGAUUCGAACCAAAGGUUACCCCAAGCAAAUCGUCUGCGACCGCGACACUCGGUUCAUGUCCGAUUUUUGGUUGGCGCUCAUCAAACGAUGGGGCUCAUCUCUCAAGCUAAGUUCAGCUCGCCACCCCCAAACCGAUGGCCAAACGGAGAGGACGCAUCAGACCGCACAGGUUCUCCUUCGCACUCUCAUCCACCCCGACGAGAAGGAUUGGGUUGAGCGGCUGCCGGAUGUCAAGUUGGCCUACAACUCGUCCAUCCACCCGGCUAUCGGGAUGUCGCCCUUCGAGUUUGAGCACGGCUCGCCGAUCACUUCGCCGUUGGACACAAUCAUUCAACGAACGGCCGAGAGCGACGACCAUCUUCCUUUCUUGAAUCGGAUGCAAGAGCUACUUGUGAAGGCACGCGACCAGAUGGCCAAGACGCAACAACGCAUGAGCCAACAAGCCAAUCGCCAGCGUCUUCCUUUCCCCUUUCGCGUCGGCGAUCAAGUUUGGGUUUCCGUCGCGGAAUUCAGCCUUGAACAAGAUAUCUCUCGCAAGCUUCUCCCGAAAUGGAUGGGGCCCUGGCCGAUCGUGGCACCAGUUGGGGAUGCACCCGAGGGACCUUCCUUCACUAUUCAGGUGCCCGCCCACUUGCCAGUCUACCCGGUCUUUCAUUGCUCCAAGCUGGUUCUUUACACACCAGUGGAACAUGACGAUUUUCCCGGACGACGAUCGCAAGACCCACCCUCUAUGGAUGGUUUUCAAGAGGUCGGCGACAUCAUCUCCCAGCAGCCUACGACAACAGGCCAACCGAGUACUUGGUACACUUUGCGUACUGCAGUCACAAAGUUGACCGUUAGUUGAUCCGUGCGGAACUCCAAGCAAAAGCUCCAGAUGUUCUCGCACGCUACGAACGC